GGCGUUGCUCAUUUUUAAGAAGCCCAUUAAUUACUUGAAUAAUCUCAUUAUGUAAUUACCAAAUGGGGAGUUCAUAGAGGGCAGCCAUUGUUUUUGGUGGCCCUGAAAAAGGAAAUGACAAAACAAAUCCAUAGCCAACAUUUGCUCCCUACAGUUGUUGAGCUUGCACUGACAGAGCCAAAUAUCAACUUACCAUACAGACAAAAUUCAAGAAAGUCCAACAGUCAAACAAGACCCUUUCCCUGUCUCUGUCGUCUACCCCUGCUCAGUAUAUAUAUAUAUAUGUAUGCUGUAUGCAUAUGGCCACUAACAUACAAAGCUCCUCACUGCACCAACAAAAUUCUCCUGAUUUGCAAUGAAUCCGACCAUGAACUCAAUCUCAUCAGAAACCUUCAAAACCACCCCUUCCCAUCCCGAGCAUACCAUUCCGUUAGACUUCACCAAUGUCCCUAAACUGCCAGACUCCCAUGCAUGGACCUUGCCUCGCCAGCCGAUUGACCCAUUUACCCAGGAACCUUUGCCCAUCAUUGACCUUGCCAAACCGGAUGUGUCCAAGCUCGUGAGGCAUGCCUGUGAGGAGUGGGGAGCGUUUCAGAUCACCAACCAUGGCAUUCCCAUUUGUCUCCUUAAUGAAAUCGAGUACCAAACCCGGCGGCUGUUCUCGCUGCCCGCAGAAAGCAAGCUCCUCGCUGUCCGGUCACCGGAGGGUUUCACCGGGUAUGGACUGGCCCGCAUAUCCCCCUUCUUCUCCAAGCUGAUGUGGUCCGAGGGUUUCUCCAUUAUAGGGUCCCCUGUGGAACAUGCUAGCCAACUUUGGCCAGAAGAUCAUGCCAAAUUCUGCGAGGUAAUGGAACAAUUCCAGGAGGAGAUGAAAGCAUUAAGCGAGAAAAUGGUGGCAAUAAUGCUUAGCUCAUUAGGUUUGACCCAUGAAGAAGAUGUGAAAUGGUUCGAGCCCAUGAAGGAGGGGUGUGACCAAUCCACAUGCGUGCUUCAACUGAACUCGUAUCCAGUGUGCCCAGACCCAGGCCGAGCCAUGGGCUUAGCCCCUCAUACAGACUCAUCUGUGCUCACCUUGCUAUACCAAGGCAAUAUUAGUGGCCUACAGGUCCAAAGAGAUGAUGCUGCAGGGUGGAUGCCUGUGGAGCCAGUCGAGGGCGCCUUGGUGGUCAAUGUUGGUGAUUUGAUGCACAUUGUCUCCAAUGGCAGGUUCAAGUCCGUGUUGCAUCGUGCAUUGGUGAACAACGAGCACCACCGCGUGUCGACGGCCUACUUCUACGGGCCACCAAGGGAUGCCAAGGUCUCACCGUUGAGGAAGUUGAUUGACCGUGAUCAUCCCCCGCUGUACCGCCCGGUCACAUGGAAGGAUUAUCUUGAGGCCAAGUCAAAACAUUUUAGCAAGGCACUUGAGUCGAUUCGCCUUUGAAAUAUUUACAGUUUAGCAGUAAUCGUAAGACGGUCACAGGAAAUAAAUUGUCAUCCUAUAAUAUUUAUGUGGUGAAA